AUGCGAGGUCACAUCCGCGCCUCUUCCCCGAACGCCGGGGUUCCCCCGCUGACCUCAGCUCGCCUGAGGCCUCCUUCCCCUAUAAAGAGGCUGAGCCAGGCAGUGGCCUCGCCACAGGCUCCUCCAGCCGCCUCGCCUCCGCCACAAGCUCUCCCGGCUCCGCUCUCCCCGCCAGCCCCCUCAGCCUCCCGGCUCAGCCCCCCACCCAUGGAGCCCGAGCCAGAGCGGGCCGGGCCCCUCCUGCUAGAGCUGGGGCCCAAGAGCCGCAGGGAUCUCUGCUGGCAUCUGCUUCGCGGCACCUGCUUUCUCCUGCUGGGGGCGCUGUUGGGCACAGUGCUGUACGGGUACUUCCAGAGAAAGACGGAAGAUGAGGCUGGAGGGGGGGUCAGAGGCUCUGAAGACGCCGCUGCCUCCUGGAUCUCCUUGGGGCAACACGCCGGCCGGACCCACUCGCCCGCAGCCCAUCUUAUAGGCCACCCCAGCAGUUCCGGCGAGCGGCUCCGCUGGCGAAGCGACGUCGACGCCUCCUUCACCCAGGGCGGCUUCCGCCUGGCCAACGACUCACUGGUGGUGCCGGCCUCGGGGAUGUAUUUCGUCUACUUCCAGGCGUCCUUCCUGGGGGCCGCCUGCCCCGCGGGGGACGAGCCCCUGAUCCUGGCCCACCGCGUGUUGCUCUUCUCCAACACCUACCCCCAAGACGUCCCCAUCUUGAGCGCCCACAAAACGGCCUGCCCCGGGAGGGCCCCCUGGUACCGGUCCCUCCGCCAGGGGGCAGCCUUUGCCCUGCAGCAGGGGGACCGGCUGUCCACGCAGACGGAGGGGGAGGCGCAUCUGCUGGCGGGCCAGGGCACUUUGUCGUUCGGAGCGUUUGCCCUCUGACCUGGUGGGACGCUCGUGCUGUUUUUUUGGGGUGGGGUCCCCCUUCUGCACUGAGGGUGGUCUGGAGCUGCUGGGCCAGUGCACGGGCGGGGGUCUUUGAAAGAUUUGAAGGGUUUCACUUUACUGUACCCCAAAAUUAUUGGGGUGCACUUAUUGAUGGGGCACCCCUGGGAUCAGUGCUCUUCAAUGUGGGGUUGGAGGUGUAAGAACAGCCACGGGGUUUAAGAGGAUGCUCAAAAUAUUGUGGGGGUUCCAGUUAAUGUACCCCCAAAUUUCUGCACACAUACACUCCCCCCCAUUUAAUGUUCUGGGUGCACUAGGAUUUGGG